AUUCCUUAAAGCUGCGGAGCAGGAGGGAAUCUGCGUGGAGUAUUCUGAGGCCUACUACAGGACCCAGCCACGCAGUAAACUAAAAAGAGUCGCGGACGUCAUUCGCGAGUCAACGGCUCGUGUAAUAGUUGCGUUCAUGGCCGAAGGUGAUAUAAGAAUUCUUUUAGAGGAGUUGAGCCAGCAGCCUCCUCCCCCGAUGCAGUGGAUCGGCAGUGAGGCGUGGGUUACAGAUCCAGAAAUGCUGCGGUUUAAUCUGUGUAUCGGUGCAGUGGGUUUUGCAAUCCCGCGGUCUGUUAUUCCAGGUUUUCGCGACUUUCUAUUUGACCUGUCUCCAAAACAAGCGCUGAAAUUCCCCCUGCUGACAGAAUUCUGGGAAAGUUCAUUUAGCUGUAAUUUAAAAAAGCAAUUAGGUUCAUCUACUGGUAUGCCAACAUGUGAUGGCACAGAGGACCUGCGCGCUUUACCGAACCCAUACACAGACACGUCCUAUUUAGUGUAUAAAGCCACUUACGCUCUAGCGCAUGUCCUCCAUGGCAUCGUCUGUAAUGAAAUGCGAUGCGAGAAAAACUUCAAAGUUGAGCCACAGCAGGUUUUUGAUCAACUCAAGCGAUUGAACUUCACUCAAAAUAAUUAUUCUGUUUCAUUUGAUACCAACGGAGACCCUGUGGCUACAUAUGAAUUUGUGAAUUGGCAGCUUCAGGGAGACGGUUCAGUUGAUUUUGUGACAGUUGGUCAGUAUGAUGCAUCCCAACCUAAAGGCCAAGAAUUCAGUUUGACCAGAGCUAUCAUUUGGUAUGAUGGCAGUGAAAAGGUGCCUGUGUCUGUGUGCAGUGAGAGCUGUCCUCCAGGCACUAGGAAGGCUGCACAGAAAGGAAGACCUGUCUGCUGUUAUGACUGCAUUAGUUGUGGAGAAGGAGAAAUCAGUAAUGAGACAGGUGUAGGAGGACGCGAAGGAGAGAGCUCGAUUCGGUGUUGCUGUCCGUGCGAUGCGGCUCUCUGCGUCGAACAUGGCACGUUUUAUCAUGUUGUGAGUGGGGUUAAUUUAGGCACCUGCAUCCUCCAAGCUGACCCUCAGCCCCCUGCACUUUUCAAGGAUGGAGACUUUGUCAUUGGAGGGGCUUUCACCAUUCAUUACUAUCUGAAGACAGAGAAGCACAUCUACAUUAGACGGCCACGACCACUUGAGUGCAGUGGCAGCAUGGACUUUAGGGAGCUGCGCUUUGCUCGCGCAUUGGAGUUCUCCAUCCAAGAGAUCAACAACAGCUCUGAUCUUUUACCAGGCAUAACAUUAGGGUACCAUAUAUAUGACUCUUGUGGCUCUGUGCCAAUGGCAAUUAAAGUAUCUUUACAGCUUGCCAAUGGACUAGAUCUCAUUUUUAAUGACACUGAUUCCUGUGCAAAAUCGGCGGCAGUUACCGCACUUGUCGGAGAAUCUGGUUCCACACCGUCUAUAAGCACUUCAAGACUUUUCGGUCUCUUUGGAAUCCCGCAGGUGAGUCAUUACGCAACGUGCGCGUGUCUCAGUGACAAGCGGCACUAUCCUACUUUUUUCAGGACCAUCCCCAGUGAUCACCAUCAAGCGGCAGCACUGGCACGGAUGGUCAAGCACUUCGGAUGGACGUGGAUCGGAGCUGUGCGCAGUGAUUCAGACUACGGGAACGAUGGCAUGGCAUCAUUCCUGAAAGCUGCAGAGCAGGAGGGAAUUUGUGUGGAGUAUUCUGAGGCCUACUACAGGACCCAGCCGCGCAGCAAACUAAAAAGAGUGGCUGAAGUCAUUCGCGGGUCAACGGCUCGUGUUAUAGUUGCUUUCCUGGCCUCCGGUGAUAUGAGACUUCUUUUAGAAGAGCUGAGCCAGCAGCCUCCUCCCCCGAUGCAGUGGAUUGGCAGUGAGUCGUGGGUUACAGACCCAGAAAUGCUUCGGUAUAAUUUAUGUAUCGGUGUAGUGGGUUUUGCAAUCCCGCGAUCUGUUAUCCCGGGUCUUCGUGAGUUUUUACUUGACCUGUCUGCAGUGCAGGCGGCAGAAUUUCCCCUGCUGACAGAAUUCUGGGAAAGUUCAUUCAGCUGUAGUCUAAAACGGCAGACAGGUUCUUCUACUGGUAUGCCAGUGUGUGAUGGCACAGAGGACAUGCGCGCUUUACAGAACCCGUACACAGACACAUCCCAGUUGCGCGUCACAAAUAUGGUGUACAAAGCCACAUAUGCUAUAGCGCAUGCCCUCCAUAGCAUUGUCUGUAAGGAAAGUCAGUGUGACAAAAGCAUUAGAGUUGAUCCACAUGAGGUUUUUGAUCAACUUAAACGAGUGAACAUUACUAAAAAUAAUUAUUCCGUUUCAUUUGACACCAAUGGAGACCCUGUGGCCAGAUAUGAACUUGUGAACUGGCAACUUCAAGGUGGCAGUUCAGUUGAUUUUGUGACAGUGGGACAAUAUGAUGCAUCCAAGCCUAAAGGCCAGGAAUUUAGUCUGAGCAGAGCUAUACUUUGGUAUGAUGGCAGUAAAAAGGUGCCUGUGUCUGUGUGCAGUGAUCGCUGUCUUCCAGGUACAAGGAAGGCUGUGAAAAAAGGAAGACCUGUCUGCUGUUAUGACUGCAUUAACUGUGCAGACGGAGAGAUCAGCAAUAAGACAGAUUCGUUAGAUUGUCACAAAUGCCUACCUGAGUAUUGGCCUAAUAAUGAGAAGGACAAGUGUCUUCUUAAACCAGUGGAGUUUCUCUCCUGGGAUGAUAUCCUUGGGAUUAUACUGGCUGCUUUCUCUGUUGCUGGCUCUUUAGUGGCUUUGAGCAUAACUUUAGUGUUCUACAAAAACAGGACUUCUCCAAUAGUAAAAGCCAACAACUCAGAACUAAGCUUCCUGCUUCUUUUCUCACUGACUCUGUGUUUUCUCUGUUCACUUACUUUUAUUGGUCAGCCCACUGAGUGGUCCUGUAUGUUGCGUCACACAGCAUUUGGAAUCACUUUUGUCCUCUGUAUCUCCUGUGUUCUCGGAAAAACAAUAGUGGUGUUAAUGGCCUUCAAGGCUACACUUCCAGGAAGUAAAACCAUGAAAUGGUUUGGGCCUCCUCAACAGAGACUCAGUGUUUUAGGCUUCACUCUUGUACAGGUACUUAUAUGUGUGCUUUGGUUAACAAUAUCCCCUCCUUUUCCGUACAACAAUAUGCAACACUACAAAGAAAAGAUUAUUCUAGAAUGCAAUUUAGGAUCAUCAAUAGGUUUCUGGGCUGUACUGGGUUAUAUUGGUUUCCUAGCUUUCCUUUGCUUUGUUUUAGCUUUUCUUGCCCGAAAGCUGCCUGAUAACUUCAAUGAGGCUAAGUUCAUCACAUUCAGUAUGCUCAUCUUCUGUGCUGUAUGGAUCACCUUUAUUCCAGCAUAUGUCAGCUCUCCAGGAAAAUUUACUGUAGCUGUGGAGAUUUUUGCUAUUUUAGCAUCAAGCUUUGGUCUGAUUCUCUGUAUUUUUGCUCCAAAGUGUUUCAUUAUUGUAUUUAGGCCAGAGCAGAAUACCAAAAAACACCUAAUGGGUAAGGAAACAUCAAAAGCCCUUUGAGUCACACAACAAAGCACUGCAAAGGUGCACACAGUAAUUAACAUUGGACAUUAAUAUGCUGUGUAUCUAAAGCAUCAGUGGUUAUUAUUUUCUUCUUAAUGUUUGUGCUGUAUAUGCAAGUAUAUUCUUUCUGGUCCUCAAAUUUGAUUGACUGAUAAGAGUGUGAGAUUAGAGUCCAGUUUCACCAUUUUUAUCACUCUGCUUGCCAAAGUUGUCCUAUUUCUCAGAGCGGGUUUCAUGGAAUUUUUUUUUUUUUUUUUUUGCAAUAAUGUACUUGUUUUUACCUCAAAUAUGCAGUUUGUUAAUACAUAUGACAUCUAUUCAAAAUUGCUUUGACGUUUUCUGAGAUGUGAGCUCCAGGGCAUCAGCAGCCAUUCAGCAUUUAUAAACCUGCCGAGAGCGCCUCACCUCGGCCAGAUCUUCUAGAAUUUGCUGCUGACUCUGAUGUCUCUAUAGUGGGUAAAUAUAACAAACAGUCUAUGGUCUCAUUUAUCUAUUAUUUGUUCCAGAGGAAAUCAUUUUCGCUGAGGGCAUUUGUAUUUGUAACUUCAAUUCUGAAUCAGAGCACUGUCUUUGUACUUUUGACAGAAUUUCCUAGAAACAUUUAUGAUGGCUGUUGUUGUUGUUGUUGUUUAUUAAAUAUUAUUGUUUAAUAAAUAAUGUUUUAUCUAAAUAA